GGUCACCGCCUGGCCCAGCCGUGCCCCUUGGGCAGCGGGGCGGACCCUUCAUGGAUGGCCAUCCAGCGCUAGGCUUGCUUUUGGGUUUGGCUUCGGUGUCCACCCAAAGCCAAGCUGCAAGCUGGCUGUCCUGGAGGACUAUGCAGAUCCCUUUGAUGCGGCACAGGUGGCUGGUAGCCAGGCAGGACUGGAGAAGGUGACGGAGAAUGAUGGGUACAUGGAGCCAUAUGAAGCCCAGAAGAUGAUGGCUGAGAUCCGCCAGAAGGGCUUGUGGGAGGCUCCUGCCCGGCCGCUGCACCUCUACGACACUCCCUACGAGCCUGUGCUUGGAGGGCUGGACAUGGACGGUGACCGCCCAGCUUGCCCCAGGCCCAGGGAGUCCCGGCUGCCUGAGGAUGACGAGCGGCCGCCGGAGGAGUACGACCAGCCCUGGGAGUGGAAGAAGGAGCGGAUCUCCAAAGCUUUUGCAGUUGAAAUCAAGGUCAUUAAAGACCUGCCAUGGCCACCGCCGGUGGGACAGCUCGACAGCGGUGAAAGCGCCCUGGGCAGUGAGUCCAGUGCCUCCGUCCCUCCGCAGCACAGCCAGCCCAGCUAUGAAGACGCCAAUGGUCCAUUGGAGGGGCUGGGGUAUGGCCGCACCUCGCCCUGCAGGGAGGAGAAGGCCAGGGCUGCCCUCAGGCGUGGCUCCAGCAGCCUCAAGAGCACGAAGACACUGAUCACUGAUCCAGGCCCCUUCAUCGGGGAGAGGAUUGACCCUGCCCUGCCCCUGGAGAGCCAGUGCUGGUACCACGGGGCCAUCAGCCGGACCGAUGCGGAGACGCUGCUGAGGCUGUGCAAGGAGGCCAGCUACUUGGUGCGCAACAGCGAGACCAGCAAGAAUGACUUCUCCCUCUCCUUGAAGAGCAGCCAGGGCUUCAUGCACAUGAAACUGUCCCGGACCCAGGAGAACAAGUACGUGCUGGGUCAGCACAGCCCGCCCUUCGACAGCGUGCCAGAGAUCAUUCAUCACUACGCCAGCCGCAAGCUGCCCAUUAAGGGGGCUGAGCACAUGUCCUUGCUUUACCCGGUGGCUAUCCGCACCCUAUAGUCCUCACCCACCACGAGCCAGGCUCGAGGCUGGGUGCACCGGAAACUGGCCCAUCCGCAGGGCCAAGUGCCACCGUGCGAAGGAUGGGCUCCGGACCAGCAGCAUACGAGCAGCUCGCUGGGCACAGCUGGUGCUGUUGGGGAUUGCUGCAGCCGGACCCUUCGUCCUGCUCUCUCGGGGGGCUCCCGUGCCCUGGUUUGCCCACUGGGACAGCGCCGGGGGGACCCCCUGCGCGAGGACCUGAGCAGGGCUGGCCAGCUGGCCACUGCCCUCGCCUGCCUCUGGGCAGAGCUCAGGAUGCAAGGACUGGAGCUGGGGCCUUGGAGAGGCCUGGGGGGGGCGAUGUGCAGGAAAAGGGGGAGAAAUCAUCUGUUAAGAGGCCUGAGAUGCCUCCAUAAGGGUGCCUGGCUCUGCCCACGAGAGAUAAAAUGGCUGUGCCUGCAGGUGAGGGGGCUAGCGGGGGCCUGCAUGGGGCUAGCAAGGCACAGGGGGCCAGUCCAGUGGUGGCUUCCACCUGCACGGGUGCUCGGUACUUGCUGCCAUCUUUUGCCAAAUGUAAAUAGUGACCAGUCGUGGCCACGUGUGCAGCACCGCUGCCUAAUAAAGCGGUGCAUGGUUGCCUGCCGCUCCACGGGGACCGCGUGCCCACCACCUUGAGGGGGGGAUUGGUGUGGCAAAACGGCAGGCAGGGUGGGAUUUUAUUACACAACAGCUCUAAGCGAUUUGAUUUUUCCUUUGCUCUUCCAUACACUGAGCCCCGUGUGCCCGAAUGGUCUGGCCAGCUCACUCGUCGGAGAUGCAGGGGACAAGGGAUGCCAGCGGUCACCUCCUCGCUAUGCCUUUGGGACGCUUUGCGGGCAGCAAUGAGCUGAUUUUGGACUUGCCUGUUACUCCCUGUAGAAGGGGGUACUCUUGGGGAUCUUAUGCCUCCUUGUUUUCCUUUGCCCCUCGUAAGUCUUGGGCAGAAUCCCUGAAUUUCACAGAUCGCCUGUUCUCCUCCUCUGGGUAUUUAGUGGCUCCAGUCCUGUUCUUUGUCUUCUUGACACCUUGUCUUUGGGCCAGCUUUGCUCCCUCUUCAUGUGGCUGAAGCUGCAUCUGGCGCUCUGUAGCGUUUAAUGCAUACCUUGCCUUUUAACCGUGCUCCUGGUGUUGGUUGCUACUGUACCCGCGCACAUAAGUUUCCUCCAUCCGUGCUUCAGACUAAGCUCAGUCUGGUUGUUAUCCCCCCCUCCGCUCCCCUCAUGGUCCUGCUGUGCUCAGCAGAGGGGAUGGCAGUGGCAAAAUUCACUGCUGGACCUGUAAAACCUUUUGCAUCAGCGGAGCAAAGCGCUUGGGGAGUUGGUGGGAUGUGUUAGCGGUAGCUUGAUGAAGACUUUGUGAAAAAAGCAUCAUCCUCCCCACCGCCUGCUCCCGGCAAGGAACUGGUGCUGCAGGUUCGCUGGGGGGGGGGGUAAGGGGGGCCCUG